AUGCCUGCAGCAUUGACUGUUGAUGGGCCCAAGGUCAUUGUCCUCACCGACGAGGAACGAGACAGUGGUUUUAUGAGUGAUCAGAAUCUCUACGAUGCUAUAGAGGCCUUUUUCACCGAUGGCCUGGUUGUCGUUGAAAAUGCCAUUGAUGUAGCAAUAGUCGACAAACUAAAUAACAGGAUGUUGCAAGACACCGAGAAGCUUCUUGGUGGUGCUGGUGAAGUGCACUUCAACCACUUGAAUGUCAAUGCCGCAACCAAGGGUCCAGCAGCAGGGGGAAACUUGUCACAAGUCCCACCACUAGACAAAGAAUGGCUUUUUCCGGAAGUAUAUGCCAACAAACACGGAGCUAGAAUUGUGUCAAACAUCCUCGGUCCACGACCUGAAGUUCACUUCAUUCGCUCCAAUACACUACUAGCCACAGAGGAGCGUCAAAUGGUUCAUGCCGACAUUCGGUUCGAGCAUCCAGAGCAUCCUUUCGCAAUCGCCUUCAACACCUGCCUCGUUGAUACCGGCCCCGAGAAUGGCACUACUGAGCUAUGGCUAGGCACACAAAACACGAACAUCAGUGAUCAUCGUGAACUCGGAGAGCCCAUGAUCGCAGAACACAAAUUGGAGGCGCGCCGGAAAAUCAGGCCACCAUGCUAUCCCAGGAUCAAGAGGGGUUCGAUCGUGCUACGAGAUCUAAGAUUAUGGCACGCCGGAAUGCCAAAUCCCACGUCGGAUGUACGAAUUAUGCUUGCUAUCGUCUACUACGCUGCCUGGUACAAGAACGGCGUCAAAACGCCCAUGCCGCAUUCUCUUCGUCCAACCAUCGAGUCAUUGGAGAACUAUGCUCAAUCCAAGUUCGCGGUUGACUGGGUUCCUGACGAGGGUUAUAAUUAUCUCAAUAUCAAAUUCAGCAACGAUUUUAGUUCUACACUUACGCCAUUAGAUAAACCCAUCAUGUCAGCAUGCCAGAUCAAUCUGUACUCCAACCAACCGACGUCAAAUACCGAGGUUUCGUACCAGAAAGCUUUCCCUAAAGAAUUUAUCAUGGCUGAAAUCGACGGCCCGGCAGCCUUCAAGGCGAACCCGGAAGAGAAAGCCAAGCAAAAGUACUCGAUCAGCACGCUGCAACAGAUCCUAGUCAAGAUGCAUGAGGACGGCCUCGUCGUUCUCGAAGACGUAGUUGACAUCGCCCAUGUAGACACCAUCAACGACUACAUGCAAAAAGAGACCGAUCAUCUGCUAGAAAAACCCGGAUCAUACUUCAACCACGGCGUUCGCUCAAACAUUCUUCACUGCGCCCCACUCAAACCAGGAUAUAUCUUUGAAGACAUCUACAUGAAUCCAUUCGUGAUCCAAGUGAUGAAUGCAUACCUCGGCGCUCGCCCGCGCUGGAACUUCAUCACGGGGAACAACGCGCUCAGACAUACAGCCGGUCUGCGCCAACCAGUUCACAAGGAUAUCCGAUGGCCUGACCAUGUCACAGCCCCAUUCUAUGUAAUCGCCAACGUGCCACUAAGCGACUUCUCGCCUGCAAAUGGCUCGACGGAGUUCUGGCUAGGAUCGCACCGGGCCACGACUUCAGAUGAUCAGGCCUAUGACGAGGAUGGGAAUAUUACGUGCAAUGUGAAAGAGGAACGACUGGAGCAGCGUCGCUCUGAAAGGCCACCGAUUCAGGUCCGUAUGAAAAAGGGGAGUAUCUCGUUAAGAGAUCUCCGUUUGUGGCAUUGCGGUAUGCCCAAUCCGAGUGAUGAGCACCGGAUCAUGCUGGCGACGGGGUAUCAGGCUCGAUGGUAUCCAAAUUACACCCAGAGAUUGAAGCUACCUGAGAGUUCUCUCAACUUCUUCCACCAUGAUGAUAUUGAGAUUAUGGCGAAUUUUGUGAGCGAUGAAGAGGUUGAACAGAGCCAGCACACUUUGAAUUUCAGUUUUAUGCCUAGUGUUUGA